GGGGAGGUGGGAACGACUCAACAGGUGAAACAGUUCGAUUAUUUCAUUCCAGCGAUGAAGGGAAGAUGCUGCGGUCUUGUGCUUGUGCUUGUUCAAGCAGUUAUGAUGGGGGAAGCCAAUUAUAUUUCGGAUGAAAGUCCCUUCUUUGGCCUAGUGGGUGGCGAUGUCCUCUUGAAGUGCAUGUUGAGACCAGUUACAGCCCUGAAUGAAUUGGAGGUGAGAUGGUACACAUCGGUGUCGCUGGUACAUUUAUACUCCGGCGGUCAGGAUCGACCUGACGCACAGGACGUGGCGUAUCGAGGGAGGACGGAACUCUUUCAUGAAGAGCUUCACCGCGGAAAUACCUCACUUAAACUGAAGCGGAUUAAAGCAUUAGACGGUGGCACCUAUACCUGUUCCACCAGGACGAACACCACCUACUUGCAGAUGGGGAUGCAUCUGGUAGUUGCAGGUUUUGGACUCCAGCCCUGGAUCCGUCUGGAAGAACGCGCCGAGCAAGGAGUACGUGUGGUGUGUACGUCUGAAGGAUGGUUUCCCCAGCCGGAGAUACUGUGGCGGGAUGGGAGCAGACAGGACGUGACCUCGCAGUCUAAUACUGGGUUCAUCGAGCACUCCAGCGGGCUGAUCACUGUCCACAGCCACAUCGAUAUCAGGAACGAUUCCUCAAACAGGUAUUCCUGUUUCGUGGGAAUCGGGUCAGGAUGGACAAAAGCGGCCCAUUUUCAGUUAUCAGUGGGUGGCGAUGUCCUCUUGGAGUGCAGGAUGCAACCAGUUACAGACCUGAAGGAAUUGGAGGUGAGAUGGUUCACAUCGAUGUCGCUGGUACAUUUAUACUCCGGCGGUCAGGAUCGACCUGACGCACAGGACGAGGCGUAUCGAGGGAGGACGGAACUCUUUCGGGAAGAGUUUCACCGCAGGAAUGCCUCACUUAAACUGACACGGAUUAAAGUCUCAGACAGUGGCAUCUACACCUGUUCCACCAGGACCAACACCUCCCACAUGCAGAAGAAGCUGUAUCUGGAUGUUGAAGUUUGCCAGCGAGAGUCGGUGAAAGGGAAACUCCCCGGGGCGCGGUUCAGGUCUGAUGUCCGGGUUGGUGCGGUUCAGGAAGGGAAGGGGGGCAGUCGGUGA